UGAUGAUAAUAACACUGAUGAUUUUUAACCGGAUUAAAAUCGAGUUUUUCUGAAUGUUCAUAAGAAUUUCUCCAGCCUCCUGAAUGACUUUGGAGUUUUGCACCUUGGGAGAGAAAGUGAAGGCAUUAGCAUUUUUAAGUAGAUUGAUCACAUAAACCUUUUCUCUCCCAACCCCACCCUUGCCCUCAUCCCCUUCCCCACGUGAAAGAAUUUUACUGGCUGUUAAGUCUGUGACCUUAUUUUUCCUGAUCUUUAACUUAACUGUUUUAGAGCAUCUCUCGACGUCUGUAUUUUUAAUUUUUUUAUUUUUGUUUUUUUUAUUUUUAAUCUUUCAUUUGUUAAAUUUUUAAACUGUGCUGCAAUAAAAUGUGUGUGGUACUACUUAACACCUAUGAUGGUGAUGGCAUUUUCCCAGAAAGCCAUCUUCCUCCUGUUUCCCUUGAAAUCCCAUCCUGCUUUUCCUGUACACUACCCCUCACAAACCACAAGCUGCAGCAACAUGGAUGCCCAGCCUGGAGCAGCAGCAGCCAGGAUGACCUGGAGCCAGGGGGGCCUUCGGAACAGAUGCACACCCUUCCUGGGUGAUGUUUUUCGGCUGUGUGAGAAACUUUAUCAUCAAAGACAAUGGCCAGCAACGUUACCAACAAGACAGAUCCUCGCUCCAUGAACUCCCGUGUAUUCAUUGGGAAUCUCAAUACUCUUGUGGUCAAGAAAUCUGAUGUGGAGGCGAUCUUCUCGAAAUAUGGCAAAAUCGUGGGUUGCUCUGUUCAUAAGGGCUUUGCCUUCGUUCAAUAUGUUAAUGAGAGAAAUGCCCGUGCGGCUGUGGCAGGAGAGGAUGGCAGAAUGAUUGCUGGCCAGGUUUUAGAUAUUAAUCUGGCUGCAGAGCCAAAAGUGAACCGAGGAAAAGCAGGUGUGAAACGAUCUGCAGCGGAGAUGUACGGGUCAGUACCAGAACACCCUUCUCCGUCCCCUCUACUCAGCUCCUCUUUUGACUUGGACUAUGACUUUCAACGGGAUUAUUAUGACAGGAUGUACAGUUACCCAGCACGUGUUCCUCCUCCUCCUCCCAUUGCUCGGGCUGUAGUGCCCUCGAAACGCCAGCGUGUAUCAGGAAACACCUCACGAAGGGGCAAAAGUGGCUUCAAUUCUAAGAGUGGACAGCGAGGAUCUUCUUCCAAGUCUGGAAAGUUGAAAGGAGAUGACCUUCAGGCCAUUAAGAAGGAGUUGACCCAAAUCAAACAAAAGGUGGAUUCUCUACUGGAAAGCCUGGAAAAAAUUGAAAAGGAGCAGAGCAAACAAGCAGUAGAGAUGAAGAAUGAUAAGUCAGAAGAGGAGCAGAGCAGCAGCUCCCUGAAGAAAGAUGAGACUAAUGUGAAGAUGGAGUCUGAGGGGGGUGCAGAUGACUCUGCUGAGGAGGGGGACCUACUGGAUGAUGAUGAUAAUGAAGAUCGGGGGGAUGACCAGCUGGAGUUGAUCAAGGAUGAUGAAAAAGAGGCUGAGGAAGGAGAGGAUGACAGAGACAGCGCCAAUGGCGAGGAUGACUCUUAAGCACAUAGUGGGGUUUAGAAAUCUUAUCCCAUUAUUUCUUUACCUAGGCGCUUGUCUAAGAUCAAAAUUUUCACCAGAUCCUCUCCCCUAGUAUCUUCAGCACAUGCUCACUGUUCUCCCCAUCCUUGUCCUUCCCAUGUUCAUUAAUUCAUAUUGCCCUGCGCCUAGUCCCAUUUUCACUUCCUUUGACGCUCCUAGUAGUUAUGUUAAGUCUUACCCUGUAAUUUUUGCUUUUAAUUUUGAUACCUCUUUAUGACUUAACAAUAAAAAGGAUGUAUGGUUUUUA